CAACGCGCUUCUCUCUCCCCCGCUGCAGGUUAGGUUAGGUUCGGUGUACCUUCCGUGCGUCGGUAAGCAACUGCAAGCAAAAAAAAAAAAAAAAAAGAAAAAAAAAUCGAUGAGCUCUGUUGCUGCGUUCCUCGGCAGACAGGAUUCGUCAGAACUGCGUCACUGUGACUGUGGACGAACUCGAGCGGAGGGGGACGACGAGGAGCCGCCAUACAUUCUUCGCAGCGCAGCCAGAAAACGCGCAGGACAGGAGGGGCAGGGUCCGAGGCAGCAGCCACUCCGCAUUUCUAAUAAGUCAUCCGUGCUCCUAAUAAUUAUUUAAUACUAGAGCGGACGCCGCGCUCUUACUCGGAACAGGUAGGAAGCGCGCUGCGCGCACACGGAGACGCGCUCCUUUCUUUCAGCACCUUGGAGAGAGACGCGGCGGCACCAUGGCUCCUGCGCUGGCGGAGGUAGAAGCCCCCUUCGCUGAUGUACCAGUUAUGGUUGGCGUUGUCAGCAUCUUCGGGCUGGUCUUCAGCGUCUCCCUUUUUUCGUGGAUUUGCUGCCAACGCAAGUCCGCAAAGGCCAACAAGACACCCCCGUACAAGUUCGUACACAUGCUGAAGGGUGUGGACAUCUACCCAGAAAGCAUGAGUGGCAAGAAGAAGUUUGGAGCUACUGAGAAGACAGAUGUGAAUGUUAAGCAGGCGUCCAGUCCUUCUGGGGGCAGGGCUGCUCUACACCUGGACCUGGAGAAGCGAGAUCUGAAUGGAAACUUCACAAAGCCCCCUCAAGGCAAAGUGCGGAGCUCCCCAGACUUAGAGCUGUCAUCUCCUCACCCGGGUCUUGACCAGACCGGAAAGGAAAUGAGCUCACCGACAAGUGGCCUUUCCAGCCAGGACAUCACUCCCGCGGACAAAGGCCAGGACAAAGAAGGUGGCCUGGGCACGCUCUUUUUCUCACUCGAGUACAAUUUUGAGAAGAAGGCUUUUGUUGUCCACAUCAAGGAGGCCCAUGGGCUUUCUGCCAUGGAUGAGCAGUCCCUGACUUCUGACCCCUACAUUAAGCUGACCCUCCUUCCAGAGAAGAAGCACAAAGUGAAGACCCGUGUCCUAAGGAAGACUCUGGAUCCUGCCUUCGAUGAGACGUUCAGCUUUUACGGCAUUCCCUACAGCAAAAUUCCUGAACUUGCCCUCCACUUCAUGGUACUCAGCUUCGAUCGCUUUUCUCGCGAUGAAGUAAUCGGCGAGACGUUGGUCCCGUUAGCUGGAAUCGACCUGUCCGAGGGCCGCAUCCUCAUGAACCGAGAGAUCAUCAAGCGCAACAUUAGGAGGGCGGCAGGCAGAGGGGAACUGCUGGUGUCCCUCUGCUAUCAGUCCACCACCAGCACUCUGACGGUCGUGGUGCUCAAAGCUCGCCACCUGCCCAAGACGGAGAACAGCGGGCCCUCAGAUCCGUACGUGAAGGUGAACCUGUACUACGGUAAGAAGAGGGUGUGUAAGAAGAAGACCCAUGUGAAGAAGUGCUCCCCAAACCCCGUGUUCAAUGAGCUGUUUGUGUUCGACGUGCCGUCCGAGGAGGGCCUGCGGGACACCGGCGUGGAGCUCCUGCUACAGGACUCGGACAGGAGCGCCCGGAAUCCCGUCAUCGGGCGGCUGCUGCUGGGCACCACGUCGCCGGGCACCUCGGGCGAACACUGGCGCGAGAUCUGCGACCACCCUCGCAGACAGAUCGCAAAGUGGCACGUGCUGGCUGAAGACUAGCCCCGCCCCCAGCGUGCCUUGCCGAAGGAACUGGGCCAGGGGGGUUGUUUCGAGUGAUGUCACCAUUCUGUCGUUUAAUCAAGUUACCGUGUUGUGCCUCUGCGACGGGGAGAGGCCAGUAAUCCGAACCAUUAACGAUUCCAAAGACAGCAACCCGAUUCCCGCUCAUGCGACUUUCCGUAUUUAACUCCAGAUACAUCUCAGUCUUGUUGAGUGCAGCAGAGUAUCAUUACUGUCGCUAUCACUGCUCUUCUUCUAUUGCUAUAUUAUUACUGUUGUUAUGAUUACUAUUCGAUUGUGAACUGCUCUUGACGGUAAACAAAGGAGAAAAAGAUCAAAAACUGUUAAUAGCACUGUAAAAAAUAAUGUGGAUUAUUCUUUUAUUUUUUAAGAGACAAUCUUUCAUUUAACGAAUAUUUUGUUUAUUUUGUUCUUUUUGUACUUCUUGGUUCUCUUGAGUAUGUUUUGUAAGUAAAAGUGGUAUUUCAUAUCUCAUAUCUCGGUAGAUGGAGAGCAGCCUAAAUUAGGCGAAGCACGGAACGAGGCGAGUUGUGCUGUGCGGCGCACGCGAGACGUGUGCGUGCGGUCCGUGUGUCGGAGCGGGGUGUCGGAGGCACAGUCUUGCUCUCUGCUCUUUACUGUGAGCACAAAGACCGUUUGAAUACAUGUACCGUA